AUAACCAUUCUAAUCUAGCUGGCGAUCCUUACAUGCAAACAUGGCUGAUCCAGUCAUUGAACUUGAUAUGGAAGUCACCGAAAAUGUUGGCGAAAUUAUCACCGCAAGUGGGGAAGAACUGGCAGAGCUGAAGAAGGAAAGUGGAAAUCAUCUGUACAAAACUAAGAAAUAUCAACAAGCAAUUCCAUUCUAUACAGAAGCCAUUGAGCUGUGUCCUGACUCAUCAGCGUAUUAUGGAAAUCGUUCUGCUUGCUACAUGAUGCUCCAUCAGUAUAAGGAUGCUCUGGAGGAUGCUAGAAAAGCAGUAGCUCUUGAUAGAAGCUUUGUAAAGGGAUACAUCCGAAUUGCAAAAUGUAGCUUGACUUUGGGUGAUUUGUCAGCAGCAGGUAAUGCAAUUUCUACUGUAAAAGAACUUAGUCCAGAUAACACAGCUAUACAACCAGAGGUUCAGAAACUGGAGGUUGUUAGGAGGUUUGAGGAGGAAGGAAACAAGGCUUUCCAGAAACAGGACUACAGAAAGGUUGUAUUUUGUAUGGAUCGGAUCCUUGAGCAGGUUCCGUGUACCAGAUUCAAACUUAAGAAAGCUGAGUGUUUAGCGUUCCUUGGAAGGUAUCAGGAAGCACAAGAAAUUGCCAAUGACAUUCUUAAUAAUGACAAACAGAAUGCAGAUGCAGUUUAUGUGCGUGGAAUGUGUUUAUAUUACGAGGACAAUGUGGAACGAGCCUUCAGCCACUUCCAACAUGUUUUACGACUUGCGCCAGACCAUCAUAAGGCACUGGACAUUUACAAGCGAGCAAAAGUGUUGAAACAGAAGAAGGAAGAAGGCAACGAAGUCUUCAAAGCGGGCAGAUUCAGUGAAGCCUACAACCUCUAUACUGAAGCAUUGAAGAUAGAUCCACAUAAUAAGUUGACAAAUGCCAAAUUAUUUUUCAACAGAGCAACAGUUUGUUCAAAGCUCGGUCGCCUUAAUGAAGCAGUGGCUGACUGCUCAUGUGCUUUGGAGUUGGAUGAAAAUUACCUUAAAGCAUUAUUGCGGAGAGCAAAUUGUUAUAUGGAGCUGUGUGAUUUUGAUGAAGCUGUAAGAGAUUAUGAAAAAGCACUCAAAAUGGAUAAAAGUCGAGAGAACAAAAGACUUCUGCAAGAGGCAAAACUGGCUUUAAAAAAAUCAAAACGCAAGGAUUAUUACAAGAUUUUAGGAGUCAACAAGAAUGCUUCAACAGAUGAAAUUAAGAAAGCUUACAGAAAAAGGGCUCUUGUUCAUCAUCCUGACCGUCAUGCAAAUGCAUCCGAUGGAGAAAAGAAAGAACAGGAGAAGAAGUUCAAGGAAGUUGGGGAAGCAUAUGGAAUACUGUCUGAUCCUAAGAAGAGAGCACGUUAUGACAAUGGUCAAGAUCUGGAAGAUAUGGAAGGCAUGACUGGUGACAUUGAUCCAAACAGUGUAUUCCAAGCAUUUUUUUCUGAACCUGGCGGAAGUCAGUUCAACUUCGCAAAUGGCCCAUUUCCUACUGGAUUUACUUUCCAGUUUGGUUAAGAACAUACCCCUGCGGUGGGGUGUUGCAACAUUCCGCUGAUUUUAAACAUCCUAUUGGUCCAGUGUCAAAUGGUAUCACUGUUUAUUCCCUGUGAUUCCAAGCCAAAUAAAUUAAGACCUAAGUGUAUGGUAAGGCUCUUAAAAGUUGUGAACUUCUAUGGUAUUUAUUGAUUCAUUGCCUUCAAAUUGUUCUUUGGAAAAGUUACACAUCUAUAGUAUAGCAGAUAAAACUGAGUUUUAUAGCAAAAAUUAGUCAUGCUCCUUACAUUCAGAUGUUGCACAUGAUUCCUGAUUACCAAUGACAGUAUGGUAUCUUAUUUUCUUUCAUUGGUUGGUGGCAAAAGAGACAAAAUUAUCUUAAAACCCUGCAUACCAUGUAGUGUAUUGAAAUGUAAAACGUGCAUACAAACAAAACUGUUUACACUUUGAAGGACACUAAUGUAUUAAUGGCAUUAGUGUUUCCUUCAAAGUGUAAACAGUUUUGUUUGUAUGCAUGUUUUAUAGACAAAAUUACGAUGUAUUAGAACUUUGUGAAAUUAAGUUUUCUAUGCAGUUCUUCAGAAAAUUAAAUUUUGUCUCCUUGUACAGAAAAUGUUAUAAUGUAAUUAGUACAUGAAUCAUAAUUAAUUCAUCUGUCCCGCUGUUGGAAUAGCCAAAGUUCGGGUAUUGUUUGGUUGUUUAUUUUCAUAAUUGUUGUGAUACAGUUCUCUUUACUCUGUGCACAUUGCAUGUCACCUGGUUCUUGUGUGGCUAACUUGUUUUGCAGGUUGAAUUUUGAAUCUUGCAUGAAGGCUUAUCAUUUUAUGGCUAUCCAAACUGGAGAGAUAUAUACGUUUUGGAUGGUAAUGUUUCAGGAGAUGGAGACCAGUUUCUUCCUUAACCUGUUGACGCGGAAUUUUAAAUACCCAGCAUAUACCGCUGUUGUGCUGUUCCGGCGGUAGUAAUUUUUAAAUGCCCGUUUAAAUUUUGCUGUAAAAUACGUUUUUUUCCAUAACUUUUGAACUAUAUGAGAUAUAAUUAUGAAUUUUUCACUGAAAUCCUCUUAAAAGAUGGUUUUGUAAUCUUACCUUAUAAGAUGAGCUCUCUGUGUGUGACCAAUGGGAGCAAAUGGAUCAGAAGUUGAGAACGGAGUGUACAGCAGCCGGUUCUUUGCAUAAUAAGAUCUGAUUGUAGGCUUUUGAACAAUGCCCAUCAACAUAAAUAGAGCCAAAACCACGUAAAUUUCGUCUACUGUGACAUCUUGCCACUUCCUAAUCCUAGAUCGAAAUGUGAGAGGAUGGGCACUUUUAGAAAUUUCUUGCUUAGCAUAUCUGUUGGUUUCAUCUACAAUGAGCUGCACAAGAGCUGUAUCGAAAAUGAUUUCGAAUGAACUCACGACAUCUAGUCCAGCCGUGUCGAACCGAGGACCAUAUACAUUACAAAAUGCUUCUCUUGAAGCAGUAAAUGAGUCUAUAUUUUCCCACAUAUACUUGCCGGAAACAAUACCUGAAUUUGCUUCUACAAUUUCUUCCUGGCUUUCGCCACCACUAUUGUCACUCUCAUUAUCACUAAUCGCUAACGUUGCCGGUGUCACCAACUGUGUAUAUUCAACGUCUACACUCUCAGUGUCCGAGCUACUAUAAUUGUCACUUCCAAUAAUUCGUCUAGAAGUGCCCUUUGUUCAGCAUCAAAUAACACACGACUGCUUGAAGGGUUCUCCAUUGUAAAACUGAGGCCAGUCGUCUAUUUUUAGACUCCCAGGUAGUCGUUCAAGGGUUUGUCAACAAGGUUGCCGGAUCUUCACACACAGAAAACUUUCCACAACGGAAUGCUACAAACCUCAUUGCGCUGGCAUUAAUCAUUACAAAGUUAUGAGCUGAAGAAAUUAGGCUUAAAGCCGGGCGUAAUAUUACGCCCAGCCGCAAUCCCGAGCAUUUAAAUGCCGGGCGUAAUUUUACGCCUCUCGGCGGUGAGGAGUUAACAUGACUCCUGCAAUGUAUUCAGAAUGGCAAAUUUGUGUUCCUCACUGUCAAAGUGUGGUGUGUCUUCUGAUGACAGUAUUUUUUAAUAAUUUCUGUAACACAUCUUUGAUGUAUUCAUUUCAGUGAUAAUGAAUAAAUAUAAUUUAAAAGAU